AUCCGGAAGGCUAGUUUAGUCUGAUUUAGUCCACUGUGCAAAUAUUAUUACUGAUGGAUCCAGAAUGAAGAUGAUCAAAGACGCUCCCAACAACUAGGAUCAAGUCUCUCUGGACGUUGGAUGAUUCGUAGUUGUUAAUUGUUGGUCCACCACGCAGCCUCCGUCUGCACCAAAAAAUCAACUUUUUCCGCAAGUGUACCGAGCAUCACAUUCAAGCACGCUAGAAACGAAAAUCACUUUGCUUAAAUCACGUAUUCUCGUCUCCUCAAACCAGAGGAGGUGAAGAAUAAGCAAAAUGCCGCAGCCAAUGUCUUGCGAGCACACUGUGUCCAUGGCCGUUGCCUUCUUUACUCUUGCCGCGUGUCAAUCGCUGUAUUCCUUUUCUUGCAUUAAUGAGUUGCAAGAGCGAAAGUGGACAUUGACCCUUUGUGGAUUUGUUUUGGCCACUGGUGAACUCGGCCUCUUACUCGUCUUGUGCUUAUCGGUUCGCUCGGUCCAAGUGUUUGGCACGAGGCUGCUUAUGCAUUAUGGUAUUCUUGCUGUCGGAGUCUCGUUCAUUGCGCUCGCCUAUGCAUCUGAGGUGUGGUUUAUAAUUCUAUCGUUUUUUCUGCGCGCCCUCGCAGGAGUCGGCAAGACUGUCUCCUAUUUGGCAUCUUUCGUAUUUCUCCUGGCCUCAACUCCACGUAAGACAGCCAUUCUUUCCUUGAUAUCUUCGUCUGCAUUGGGAAUGGUUUGUGGCUCUUUGUUUGGUGCGAUUGACUCGCAAACAGAUGGCUUUGAUCUCAACUUUGUCCUGGUCGGUCUCACCGUGAUUUGGAUCUCUUUCGUGGUACCCACCAAUUUGCCUCUUGACCAAGAUAUGCAUCUUAUAGUCUCUGCAGAAGACACACUUAAACCUCUUUCAGCUGUGUACAUCAGCGGAGUGCGCAAAUACCCUGCGCUUUUAGGCUGCACGGUAGUGCUGAUAUCUUCCUUAUGCUUCAGCCUAAUGACAUUAGCCCUGGGACCAAUUUUGCAAUCCGAGGUGGCGUUCAACUCCUACGAUGUCGGUUUUGCGUUCUUAUUGAUGUACGUCUCUGCCCUGGCUGGUGCCGUCGCCUCCAGUUUUCUCAGCUUCAAAGAGGCGCCGGUUGCUUUCGUCACUCUCACAGGACUGAUAUGCAUGCUGGCCGGCCUUCUUUUACUUGGACCUGCAAAACUAAUAAAUCUUCCAUCAGGGAAGUACGUUUAUUUGAUGGGCAUCGUUGCCUUGAGCAUCGGCUUCUCGACGUCGCUAGUGUCUGUGUCUGUCUCACUGAUAGAAGUAACUAACAAGAGUAAUAUCCAGCCAUCAAGCAAUAAUGCCUUUGGCACAACGGUUUGCCUAAUUUGCAUUACCUUCAUGUUUGGAUCUUUUUUUGGCUCAGGCUUGUUUGGCGUUCUUGUUGAUCUUGUCGGCUUCCAAAGCUGCGUUGACACAUUAGUAAUUGCAGUUUUAGUCGCGGUGGCACUUCAAAUAGUGCAAGUUCGCUGCGGCUGUAUUGACGAUCAUUCAGAUGGAAGCCUAAUCGAGGAAAGUAGAAACAACUCUAUUUUAUACGGCAGUAUUGAUUAAGUCUGAUUUUUUUGUAAUCAAUUAAGUCGAAGAGGGUUGUUUGAAACAGCAAAGUUAAAACUCAGAAUAAUGAGCAGCAACAAUGAUUUAUAAUAUUUUCUACAAAAUUAUACAGAUGUGUAAUUAAUAAAAAAUAAAUUUUAAUAUGUACAAUGAGUAAAUAAUAAUUAUAUUUUCUAGCUCUCGCCGUGAAAGCAGCAAAAUUAUAUAUUCACUGCAGUUUCACAGUAAAUUAUACUUUAUUUUCCUGCGCAUUCUCAUUUUCUACGCAGGAGAAUUUACUAGCCAUUUUCCGUCUAGCCAAAUUAACAGUCCACAAAGUGAAGAAAACGAAGCACUCAAAAACCAGAGUCCCAAUCGCCACAAAUGCUGCUUGCCAGAAAUGAUUCCAAUCAAGAAUGUCGUAAAUGUAGGGUUGAUCUUGACGGUUGAUGCCGCCAAAGAGGAAGUAAAUUAAGGAAAACGUGACGUAGCCCAGCCCUAGGGCACCUACCUGGUACAGAUGCAGCAGCCGCAUUGGAUGCGCGCACACGAGGACGUCAAUUAGCACGAUUAUGGUGAAAACCGCAUGCUCUC